CGCAGUCCCGUCAAAAAUGGCCUCUUUGAUCAAUGUUUUGCUGCGAAAAUCGCAAAGUAUAAAAUGCCAAAAAUAAAAAAAGUUUUAAAUAGUCAAGCCAAAAAACUGGUUUACCAUGUAAACUGUUUUAUGAAAAAAGAGGCUGAAGAAGGAACCAGAAAUUUAAAACAAGUUCAAAAAAGAACAGCGGAGGCUACGAACACAUCCGUUGCAACUGUGAGGCGAAUUAUGAAAGAAAGUAAUGAGUUUCUUUAUGUAUUUAGAACACCAGGAAAAAGACGACCAAGAGCAAAACCUGUCACAGGUGUUGAUAAUUUUGACCAGGGUGUAAUAAAAAGGUGUAUACACAAUUUUCACAUCACCGAAAGAGAAUUGCCCAAUGUAGCAAAAUUGCGAAGAAAACUGCAGAAAGAUAUACAUUUUCAAGGCUCUGAACGAAGUUUGGGGAGAAUUAUAAAAAGUUUAGGCUUCAAGUUCAAAAAUACGGAAAAUAAUAAGCAGGUCCUCAUAGAGUCCUCAAAUAUUCGAUUAAAAAGAAUUGAAUAUUUAAAAAGAAUGAGCCAGUAUAGAUAUGAAUUAAGGCCUAUAGUGUAUACGGAUGAAUCAUAUGUAGAUCCUUCUCAUUUGACUCCCAAAGUGUCAGAUGAGUCAACUAAAGGUAUUAAAAAACCUAUUCCAAAAGGACAGCGGGUAAUCAUCAUUCAUGCCGCGUCCGAAACAGGUUUUAUUCCAAACGCAUUACUUACAUUUAAAGAAGUUAUUAAGAUAGGCGACUACCGCGACAAUAUUAAUUUUGAUACCUAUGAGAAAUGGCUGCGAACUCAAUUAAUACCUAAUCUGCCAAGUAAUUCCGUCGUGAUAGUUGACAACGCUCCCUACCAUAAUGAGCAGUACGACCCGGCACCAACAUCAGAUGCGAAAAAAUCAGAACUUCAGGCGUGGUUAACGGAAAAAGGCAUUGAAUUUAGUGAGGAUAUGUUGAAACCUGAGCUUUACAACCUUGUAAAAUCUAACAAAGACAAGUAUAAGAAAUUCAGCGUAGACAGACUAUUGGCAGAAUAUAACCAUGAAGUAAUUCAUCUGCCUCCGUAUCACCCAGAUCUGAAUCCUAUUGAGAUGGCAUGGGCUGCGAUUAAAGAUUACAUAUCCAGGUACAACGUUACUUGUCCCACCAAAGGAGUGACUGAAUUAAUUAAAGAAACUGUAGAGUUAAUGGGUGCAAGCGAGUGGAGUAUGUUCUGCGAAAAAGUAAGAAGUAUUGAAGAGGAGUAGGUACAAACGAAGUGAUUAUGUGAUUGAUAGUUUAACAGAGGAAUUGAUUAUUCGAGUUAAUUCCGACUCCGAUAGUGAUAGUGACUUUAGUGAUAGUGAUGACGACGAUAGUGAUGAUGAUGGGAAUCCAACUGCCAGUACCUACUAGUUUAAUAGGGUUGUUUCCUAGUAUUCAGUCAAUUAAAAAUAGGUAUAUGCACCGAAAGUUCACAAAACUAGAAACACGAUAAGCUAUAUUAUAUUAAUAAUAACUGACCACAUCAUUUUUAAAUCAUUUAUGAAAUUUAAAUUUAUCGUCUAUUACGUCACGCCCUUGAAAACAGUGAAUCGAGUCCGAUGUCGUCACUUUACAUUGACAAUGACAAGUAUUUGACAGUGACAGUCUAUGACAGGUAUAACCUGAGAAUUGAUGUGUUGUUUUCUUCAGUUUUUAUUUGUAAUUGAGCGACAGAAAGUUAGAAAAUAAUUAUGGAGAAAGGAUUUAUGAAAGCUGAUAGUUUUAUUGUCGCUCAAUUCCUUGCUAAUAACCAAGAUGACACAAAUAUAACCUCAAUAACAAACACAAACUUUACGUUCCUUUGCACAGUUUUAUUUUACCGCGUAAACAACUCAAAACAUUACAGGUAUUUUCUUUUGUGCUCAAUGUUUAAAAAUAAUCUAAAUGUUCAAAAUAUAUGUUUUUGUAUCUAUAUUAUAAGAAUACAUUAUUGAAAUUUAAAAAUCAAUGAGUUCUUUCUAAUUAGUUUCUUCUCUUUAGAUGUGCAAAGUGUAAAGGAACACAUAGUAUACUGUGACGUCACAGUCACGUGAUCAAGCGUUUUCUGGGCAAUGUUUUAAGAAAAAUAGAAAAACAUUGAAUACAUAAAAAGUAAAGAGAUUUAAGACGCAAAAUUAUAGGAGGGGUGAUCUUUAAAUUAUUUAGAAGCUAUUUAAAUAGAUUUUCGAAAAUUGGAAACAACCCUAUUGUGGAAAGCGAUUU